AUGCUGGCCGUCGCCGUAGCGGACGAGGACUAUCGGCAGGCCGCGCAGCUGCGCGACGCGGCGGAGCAGCUGGACGCGGCGCACCCGACCUUCGCGCUGCGCCGCCGCCUAGAGGCCGCGCUGUCGCGGCAGGACUUCGCGCGCGCGGCCGCCCUGCGCGACGAGAUCGACCGCGUCAACAUGCACGCCGUGGCAGACCGCUGCAAGCCGCGCUACCCGCUCGGCCUCGUCGUCGUCCACAGAAGGCUGUCGUACCGCAUGGUCCUGUUCGGCGCAGACUACCGCUGCCGUGCCCCGCGUGCCACGGCAGGACAGGCGUGGGGCAGCAGGAGGGGAGAGUUGCAGCCGUGGUAUCAUGCCGCUGUUGAUGAGCGGGAUAAGAGUACGGGGGAUAAUAUUGUGUAUGUCGCUGAGGACGAUUGCGUGCCGGCACCGCCGGGCGUGCAGGUGCAACACCCGAUUACCAGGAUUAUGUUUAGAGGAUUGCAUUCGCAGCGCGCUUGUCCAGGAUAUUCGUGGUAUGUGCCCGUGGGGAAUGAGGAGGCCGAGAAUAUGCGAUGUGUAGAUGGGUAGGCGCGUUCUUUACCGUGGUUGAACCGCCGUUCCGCGUUAGCUUGGGAGCCACAAUUUCUUGUUCAUAGUGGGACGGGAAUGCUCUAGUUUGUAUAACACUCUGUGAUUGGGGGAUGCUCGAGUUUGCAAAAUUUAGAUUUAUAAAUGUACAUUGCGCAACAUACCCAUUUUCAUGUAUUAUUCAAAUCACCACGUUAGCCGCUCGUUUUACCUGUCUCGGUGUAGAUCCCCACUGCGACCAUCGCCCCUUCACCCACUUUGCCUUGCCCACCCGUUCGACCUAACCGCACACCCACCCGCUUUCUACCACCCCGGUCACCAUGUCGGUCACGGUCGAGAGCAUCCGCGCGUCCCUCGACGCCUCGGACGAACUUGCGCCUCUCAGCCACCUUGGCAUCACUGACAUCUCCGGCGGCUGCGGGACUUCCUUUAACAUCAUCGCGGUCACGCCUGCCUUCGCCGACAAAUCCCUAAUCAAUCGCCACCGCAUGAUCCACAAGGCACUCGACGCCCACAUGUCGCAGAUACAUGCCCUAAAGCUCAAAUGCUUCACUCCGGAUAAAUACGACCAGUAGCUGAGUACUCGUCUCGACAAUGCAAAACCUGGUUGUCCCCAUCACACUCGCACCCUUCAGAAAGCUGUGGAAGAUGAGGCUUUCCGCAAAGACCGCACCCGACGUUGCAGAUUAUUAGCAGAUUCUUCUGUCGGCAUAGGUUUUUGUCACACAAGCAUCUUAGAGCCCAUCUGCUUGGCAAGGAUCAUUGCCUUCGCAUUGCUCAAAACAAAAUCUUCAGGUGUGCUUCUCUCUAUCACUGAAGUAGGUUCUCGUUGAGACAUCAUCAGGUACCCGAGGCGCGUCAUGUAACGAAAGGAAGCAUCUACGAUAUCCGUUUCCGCAAGAGUGGAACUUGUAAUGAUGCUUGGGCACGAGCGAUUUCCUGUAAAAUUGUUAACGGAUUCCAGUUUUCA